UUAGCGUAGGUGAUGAUUGCUUUGGUUUUGUUCCUGAAUUGAGUAUCGUCAUCUCCUGUUCAUUAACAGAAUUACAUUACCUAGUGCAAGAAAAAAAAUAAUUUUUUUCUUCUUCAUUGCUUAACUAAUUGUCUGCCAUUGACAGCACUAGACGCCCAACCCAUUUGAAUUGGGAGAGUUGUCAACAAUUGAGCAAACUUUCAUUCGCUGCCACGCUACUUGAAACGGCUCGGACUUCUACUAGUGAUAAAACUCAUUGAUAAGUUCUCCUUUUUUUACGGUGGCGUAUGUAGCUGGCAGCCAUCUUAGAUAGGUCGACCAGCGAUUGGAAAGUAGAUCUCAAAAAGUACAUAUUGCACAACAUCGGCACAUUAUAGUACUCAUCGAUACUGACAAUCUCAUUUUAGUGCUAUGUCGGUACUGUUACUAGUUUUUACCCAAUACUUUUCAGUUCUUUGCAUAUUUAUAUACAUUUUUCUGCAUUGUUGUCAUCCUUAGCAUUUAAUAGUUGACUGUAUUUCUCACACUGAAACACUUUGGCAGUCACAUUGUCGCUAUUGUUGGUCUCAAUUUGUCUAAAACAAGGCAUUUCAGGUAUUAUUUUGCUACAUAUUGUAACUUUGGGACUAUUUUUAAAGUGCCACUUAUAUAUUUAUACCAACCUUUGAUAAAAAUAUCGCUUUGUAGCAGAAUGGAAUAAUAAUAAUAAUAUUUUUUUUUGUCCACUGUAAUAAAUAAUAAACUAUAAAAAAGUAAUCAGGCUUCAUUAGCUCAUCUUACAGCUCAAUUGCAAUUUUGGGGUGUUGAUUUAUUUGUUUUUGGUAUUUACAAUAUUAGACAUGUUGGACAAACAGGACAUUUAGCACAUUGCGCACACACUUUUUUGUGUGCGCUCGUGUCUGUGUGAAUGAUCUUUACACAGGUCUUGGUGCCGCUGCUCCUCCAUCUGCGAUCCGCAGGCAGGGAACGGGACACUGACUCAUCAUUGUGCCACUUCAAAGCCUGGGAAUGGCCGUCCUGACCCCACCCACUUCAGGAGCCCCCUUAAAAGUCACCCUCGUCCCUCGGUGAUGGACCGAGGGAUGCUCACGUCACUGGUGCAACUUGGCUGAAUGACUGGAUUUCUUGUUUUACUCAAGAGAAAAAGGAAGCGUGGAUAUCUUUACUGGGAUUUCUUGAUUGCCUUUGUGCAGGAUUUUAAAAAAUACAUUUCACAAUUGAAUAUUGAGAAUGCAGUCCAUUAGAGACUUGAAGGCCAAUUUCAGCGGGCCUCCUCCAUCUGCAAUGGCUUCGAGUGACGCUUAUCUUCAGGGUAGCAUCCGUAUGACUCUGGAGGACCCGGAACUCUGGAGGACCUUUCAUGGGAUCGGAACAGAGAUGAUCAUCACAAAGCCGGGCAGGAGAAUGUUUCCUCACUGCAAAGUCAAUCUGUCUGGUCUUAUUCCUUGUGCCAAGUAUAUUUUGCUGGUUGAUAUGGUGCCAGAGGAUGGCUUCAGAUACAAGUGGAAUAAAGAGAAAUGGGAGGUGGCGGGAAAAGCGGAGCCUCAGCCCCCCUGCAGGACAUACCUGCACCCCGACUCACCCGCCCCGGGGAGCCACUGGAUGAAGCAGUCCAUCUCCUUCCUCAAGCUCAAGCUCACCAACAAUACGCUGGACCAACACGGACAUAUCAUCUUGCACUCGAUGCAUCGUUACCACCCCCGCUUCCACAUUGUUCAAGCUGACGACCUGUUCAGUGUCCGCUGGAGCGUUUUCCAGACUUUCACCUUCCCUGAGACGUCCUUCACAGCAGUCACAGCCUACCAGAACACAAAGAUCACCAAACUCAAGAUCGACCAUAAUCCCUUUGCCAAAGGUUUUCGCGAUGAAGGCACAACAAAAAAAAGGCGCGCAAGCAAGAACCAAAGCGACCUGGACAAGAAAGCCAAACUCUCCGAAAUGAACAGGGACUCUGAGGAGGACAGUCCGACAGGUUUUUGCAGAUCAUCUUUUGAGACAUACGAGGGGGAUGAAGCAGAGCUACGAAAGAGGAAGGAGGGUGACGAAAUCAAGGAGGAGCGCUACUCCCCUUGGUCGACGGAGAGGGAGCGGAACACAAGGAACGGAUCUUCUCCCGCUGCUGAAUCACGGGACAUUUACAGCACCGAGCAGAUGGUUCCAGCUCUGGCAUCCUACCAACCUUACAGGUUCCACGAGUACGGAAAGUCUCCGUCCCCGUCCUCCAGCGUCGGCAGCAAUGCCAGUGGUUCGGCGCGCGGCAGUUUUGAGUCGCGCGUCCCAGACGUAGUGGUCCCUGAGCACGACUCCUCCAAGCCCCGCGUGCACGAAGCGGCCCCUUCCUGCGCCCCCCAGCCUCUCCCGAGCUCCCAAGACUACCCCGGAGUGCUCAACAUGUCUGUGGCUCAAGCGAGCAAGCCAGGCGUUCUUGGCCACCACGUCUACAGUCCCUACGGUACCGAGCAGACCCUAGGUCAGUGGAGUGGGUCAGGUCCGGCCCAGUACCCUACCCCGCACCACCUGACCGCCGAUUACGCCACGCAAGCUGUGCAUCACAGCUAUCCCCAUAGCAACGUGACAGAGUGGAGCCAGUACCCGCUGUUCUCUUAUUCUUGCUGGUGAGGCCGUCCCCAUUAGAGAUUAGAGGGACUUUUUCGCACAGUGUCACGAGAGCACGUUUACAUGGGUUAGGCCUGCGACAACAAUAGAAUAAUCAGUGAUAUCGAGCUACGAGGUGUCUACUGCAGACCGGCUGGAGUGUGCAAUGCCAUACUGAGGACUUGGUUUAUUGUUCAGUUGUCUAUUUAUUUUGUGUUUCAUUGCAUCUG